AAAAAAAACAGGGAAACACUUUUAAUAAAUUAUUUUUAUAUAACUUUUAAAUUACACUUGAAAGGUCAAAAUUAAAAAUAUAUAAAAUACAAGUUAAUCCCAUAAUUUUAUUGUCGAUUGUUGGAUUCAAAGCUGGCUGAUCCUAAUUUAUUUCUUAAAACAAUACUGAAAUCGUAAACAAGAAAGUUUCUCUAUCUCCUCUUACUUUUUCUUGGUUUAGUCGAGUCAAGUAAGCACCCAAAUAAUAUGCAACAUGUAUGCUUAAUAUCCGCUGCCAUGAUGGACCUGUAACCCAUGGCACCAUUUUACAUCGUGGCCAAAUCAGCGUACUCAUUAUAAACUCAAGAAAUUGAAGUUUCAUAGGUUACUCGUCGUAGAGAUUUAGUUCGUGUACAUGUGUUAUACAUAAAAAAUAAUGUGUGACAUAUGUAAUUAUGUAGAAUACUUUUGUAUGUUUGGUUGAUGAAAUAAGCAUUAACAAAUAUUGUUAGAUCACGAAUUGAAAAUUUUGAUUAUGCUAAAAUAUAUGAAAUAAUAUAUAUGAUAAUAUAUAUAUAUAUUAGUUUUUACCUAAGUUUAGAGUUAGAGAUUUUAACAAUAUAAUUUCCAUAGGAAACACAAAAGGUUUCGAAGUUUCAUAUCUGACUCUGACUCAUUUAAGAGAUUUAAUGUGGAUAAAAUAGGUUUAAUCCGUGUUCAGUUGUGUAAGACAUGUGUAAUCGGAUUAACCAAAUCUAUAAAAGAUUGGUUGAAAUAUAUUUUCAAUAAAGAAAAUAUUAGUUCUCGAAAUUAGUUUGUGUGCCGGUUAUUUUUGCUGAAUCUCGAUUUUACACUUUUAAAUGUUUCACGUGGGUAAACAAGUUAUCUUCAUUAUUACACGUAAUCAGAUCCAGAUCCGGUCCUCGGUACAAGCACAUGAAUCAUGUGGCUAGUGGCUAGUCUAUUUCUAUACCAUUUUAAAGAAAGCAGGUAUUAUUAUAAAAAUGAAAUAUAGUAAUUAGGAUUAAUACAACGACAAAAAGAACAAUCUAAUGUCUCUAUCGUUUUGCUUCUAAUGUAAAAAGCCCGCUCUCAUCAGAUCUUGUCCGAACAACCAUAUCUCAUCAUCUCACACAGAAUCAUAAACACAUGUCCUCCAAUCUUCUUCCUCUAUCUCCAAUGGCAACAGAAACCGUAACCGGCACUACCGUGCCAAACCAUGACGAGACCGAGUUAACAGAGUUCCAAAAGAAUCAGAAACGGUACCAAGACCUGAUCUCCACGUUGCCUCACGUGAAAGGCUGGAGGCCGAAAGCUCCCUUGAUUGGGUACGGUGGUCAUUGGUGGAUACAGCCUUUCCUUGAAGGUUCCCUUUACGCGCAAGAGUUCUUCCAAGCGCGACCCAUUGACUUCCUCAUCUGUAGCUACCCAAAGACCGGUUCCACCUGGCUCAAAUCACUAACAUUCACAAUAGCCAAUCGAUCUCGCUUCAACGAUCCCACAAACCCUCUCCUCAAACGUAACCCUCACGAGCUUAUUCCUCUCAUUGAGAUCGAGUUCCCUUUGUUCCCUCACAUUGAUGUUCUCCAAGACAAAUGUAACACUCUCUUUGCAACUCAUAUGCCACACGAUUUCUUACCCGAUUCGGUUGUAAAAUCGGGUUGUAAGAUGGUUUACAUCUGGAGAGACCCAAAGGACACUUUCGUCUCCUUUUGGAACUUCAUGCAAAAGCAAAGGUCAACACGUGGCCCGCUCAAUAGUCUUGAGGAGUGUUUUGAUAUGUUCUGCCGAGGUAUUUCCGGGGAAGGUCCUUAUCUUGAUCAUGUGUUAGGCUAUUGGAAAGCUCACCAAGAGAAUCCAGAUAAGAUUUUGUUCCUCAAGUACGAGAAUGUGAGUGCUGAUCCUUUGCCUUAUGUGAAGAGAUUGGCUGAGUUCAUGGGUUAUAGAUUCACAGCUGAGGAAGAGAAGAAUGGGGUUGUUGAGAAAGUUGUGAACCUUUGCAGCUUUGAGACGUUGAAGAAUCUUGAAGUUAACAAAGGAGAUAAGGAGAGAGCAGAUAUUUCUUCUCCUAAUGUAAACCGCGCGUUUUUCAGAAAAGGAAAGACCGGAGAUUGGGUGAAUUAUUUGAGUCCGGACAUGGCAGCUCGUAUGGAUGGGUUAAUGGAAGAGAAAUUCAAGGGUACUGGUUUGCUUGAAAAUGGUAACUGAGCUACUAGUUCUUGUUCGGGGAAAUGACUGAUCCUUGUAUGCUUAUUUAAAGCAUAAGUUUGCUCUUUUCAUCACUUUGAUUCUCUAUGUACUAAAUUUACAUGUUGGAUGAAUAAAACGUUACAUGUUGUAUGAAUAAAACUUGUUUUUGUUUCAUGUCAGUGUAUUGUCAGUAAAAAAAAAAGGAAUUGGCUUUGGUUGAAGAAUGUA